AUGUCCGCAGCACCAUUUCAAAAGGCGCAGCAGUGUGCUAUUGAUAACCUGCACGCCGACUUGUCCUUCCUCGACCCCGCCGUACCGAUUUCUCCAGAUGAGUUUCUCGAGCGCAGAGACCGGCUCGCGCAAGCCUUGGUUGCGUCAAAUGUAGACGCAUUUGUGCUAGAACCUGGCUAUACUUUCCAGUAUUAUGGCAAUAUCUCCCAGGUUGAUUGGGAGCCUUGGGAACCUGAAGAGCGACCAUUUCUUAUGCUCAUUCUUCCUCAAGUGUCUUCAUCAGGGGAAGUAAGAGCCAAAACUGCCUUUCUGUCGCCUCACUUCGAAGAGGGCAGGGUACGCAUGCUCGGUAUACCGACAAGGGAAGAUGACUUGGACAUUGUCAUCUGGGAAGAACAUUGGAAUCCAUACGACACUCUGCUCAAAUCACAUCUCUUCGAUGGUCAUCAGGGAAAGCUCAUGGUCGACGAGGAAAUCCGUGAUUUCAUUGUCAGAGGAUUGGAUGCUGCCGGGUUCCAAACUGUCGGCCUUUCUCCAGAAGUUGAACUUGUAAAACAGCAAAAAAGCCCUGCGGAGGUCGAGUUGCUCCGCGUCGUAAACACCGGGACUGUCGUUGCUGUUCGAGCGAUGCGACCUUGUUUGGUGUCGGGACUUACCGAGGAUGAAGUCACCGAGAUUCUCAACUCUGCUCUCCUCUCCAUCGAUUUUGAACUGUUCUUCAAUAUUGUGCUAUUUGAGGAGCAUGGAGCGCUUCCCCACGGGGGUUUCGUGACUGGUUCGAAGAAACUUACUACUGAGAGCAUGGUUGUCAUCGAUGUUGGUGCUCACUAUCUGGGCUACAGUUCGGAUAUCUGUCGGAGCUUCUUCAUCGACUCACCAAAGCCACAGACCCUUCCAUGGAUGGGAUCUCUGCUGAAAUCAUGGAUGCAAAACCCAGAGGAACACCAGCGCCUCAUUGCUGACUCUGAGUUGCGUGCCGAGAAGUUCAGAGUGUGGGACAUUGUAUUGGAUGCACAGUCCGCUGCCGCCGCCGCUUUCAAGCCGAAUAACACUGCGGCGAGUGUGGAUAUUGCAGCUCGUGAAGUCAUCGAAGAUGCCGGCUAUGGAUAUGGGUUCACUCACCGUCUCGGCCACGGUAUCGGUAUUAAAGCUCAUGAGUCGCCGUACUUGAAUAAGUGGAACAAGGACAUCAUGCUUCAACCUGGCAUGACCUUCACGAACGAACCAGGCAUUUACUUGGAAAACAGAUUUGGCGUCAGGCACGAAGACAUCUACCUAGUCAAAGAAUCGGGCGAGGCAGAGUUGCUCACUGGCCGUAGGGCGACCGGGCCAUAUGAUCCAUAA